AUGCAUCUGGUCACAUUCGCGUUUGUCGCCGGGGCGAUGGCCGCGUCGUCGUCGAUGGUGCUGAAUGCAAAAACGCCGAUUGAGGGCAGCGCCUGGCGGUUUGCCGGCGACUACAUCACCGGGAAGGACGUGAUUCUGCUGGGAACUGCGCCCGAGCACCACGCGCUUGUGGGGGCCACGCAGCCCGUGGACUUUGACGAGUGGACGAUCGAGGCCCAGGUAUACACCUUUAGCGGCGAUCCGAGCGCGGACGCGGCCAUGUCGGGCCUGACGCUGUGGUAUACUGCCCAGCCCUUGACCGAGGGCCCCGUUCACGGUGCGGCCGACUUCUGGGACGGCCUGGCGGUGAUGCUCGACUCCAUUGGAUGGGACGAGACGGGCAAGGAGAAGCUCGACAAGGGUGCGAUUCGCGGCCAUUUGAACGACGGGUCCCACCAGCUACUGAGCGAUCUUCCUGCCAAAAAUGCCUUUUCUCUGUGUCGCGUUCCCUACCGCCAGACCCGAGGAGGCCCACACAGUGUUAAAAUCGGCUACGGCCGCGGCCUGUUUAUUGUGGAGAUCAACGAUCAAAAAUGUUUCCAGAGCGACCAAGUCGUGCUGCCCCGUGGUUACGUCGGUGUGUCGGCUGAUACGUCGACUUCCAAGGAUACUUUUGCCAUUGGCUCUUUGGAGGUCCGCCAGGGCCUUGACGAGGAACUUACCAAGCAUUUUCCCGCUGGAACCAUUGCAAAGGCCGCUGCGCCUGCUGAUGCCGCCAAGGUGGAUGCCAGUGUCCCUGUGGCUCGUGCCGAGCCUGCUCAGCGCGGUGCCGGGGCUGCGCAAGGCGGUGUCACCUCAGAAGAAAUAAAGGCUCUGAACGAGGCCAUUUCCAAACUCGGCAAACGCUUCGACACCAUCGAAACCUCGGUGGUCGCACUGACAUCUCUCGGCGCCUCUGCCGGUGUCGAUCUUGAAACAACAGAAAAGCUGCUUGGCGCCUCGGUCAACCAGGUUGGCGAACGCUUGACUGAGAAAAUCACCACCCUGUUCGAACAAGCCGACCGCUCAGAGAGACUCAUCCGCCAGCUUCAGUCGUCGAUCGAGGCUCUACGCGACAACCGUUUUGUGGGCGAUAUCGAGGCCAUUCGCUCCGACAUUGCUAGCAUUUCGGCCAAACAGACCCAGCUCGCCGCCGUCCCUCUCGGUCCUUCUCUUUACCAGAUCGUGGGCAUUUCCGCGGGCAUCCAGCUUUUUAUUUACGUCUUUUUCGCAGUGAUUCGUCGCCGGAGAAACUUGCACCAAAAAUUACUUUAA